AUGGCCUCAGCCGAGACUGGAAUCGUCGCUGGUCUUCUACCUGCAUUGACGCAAUAUAUCUCUGAAAGUGUCGUGGAAGUCACGGGUGAAGUGGAAAAUGCCUUACAUCAGAGAUUAGAGUCGACUGGCAAUAAGAAAAAGCAGGCAAGGCAGCUGAAUGCCGUUGCAAAGAGCUCUGGAAAAUAUAUGGCCAAAGUACAUCGUGCAUUUGAGAAGAAUUUUGAAAAGUUUGAGCUAUAUGUUCGACGCAAUAUUGUGUUGGUGCCUGAUGAAGUGUCACAUGAAGUGGCGCAGAUUCAAGCGGAGAGGCAGCAAAAGAAAGGAAAAUGUGUGACAACACCUCACGAAGAAGAGGUAGAUACAUCGUUAUUGUCUAGGGAAGAGAAAGACGAGCGUGAAGUGGAUACGCAGUUGGAAAUGUUGCGUCAAAAACUGAGGGAGUUGACAGCUGCAAACCAGCAGUUAGAGCUGGAGCAGAAGGCGUUAGAUGAGCGUACGCAACGCUUUCAAGGCCUCAUAGCUCAGAUAGCGUUUCUAGACGAUGUACCCAAACAAGCAAUUUUGCCGUUAAAGCGCACAGCAGAGCAUAUCUCGGCUCUUCAUGACGCAUUUCUGCGGAUGGACACCAUUCAGGCGACACUAGUAGAAGAUUCUCGUCAGUAUAAGCGAUCUAAAGUAGCGACACGGGGUAGUUUUUGGAAUUUACGCAAACGGUUUACAGCUAGAACGGCUGAAAUGACAUACAGGACGACAGAAGAUCUGGAAGAGCUACAUUCCAAACUACUGACAAUGUAUUCCCCGUCAAAGGCUUCUCUGUGA